AUGCCAAACAUCGACUUUCGCGACUCGCGCUCAAUAAACGAUGCUACUAAUAACGGUGCCCGACCGGCCACAGCUCCGGUGAACUCGGAGGAGGGAGGGGUGGUGGGGGUGCCGGGACUUUCCAGCCUGACGGUGGCCGACGCCGUGGUGACAGAGUACGAGAAGCUUCUGGCGGCCAUACCCACGAUGGCGAGGCACAUGGGGAAGCUGCAGCUGGACACCGAGGUCAUGGCGGAGGGUCUCGAGAGGCGCGUGCGCAGCCUGGUAGACGGCUACCGCGAGCUGAACGAGCUGGUAGACCAGGCCCCCGCUAGGGUUAGCGACGCCGCCUCCGAGUACGCACAGGCUCUCGGCCUUCGCCGCACCCAAGGCUCGCCCCUCCCGGGCGAUGCUGCCAACAGGGAUGGUUCGGAUCAGGCAAGUGUGUCUCUUUCGUACUAA